AUGUUGAUCGAAGAAUGGCCAGUUGAACUAUGGCUCGAACUGUUCGUUUAUAUGUCAACAUUUGAUCUUGUCGUCAGUUGGUUUAAUCUAAACAUUCGUUUGAAUCGUAUGAUCGAACGUGCACUUUUACUAGGUCUUCAUCAGUUCGAUCUUGAUGAAAGCUGGGCACAUGGAAUCUUUAUGAAUUGUGUUGAACAUGUGUAUCCACGUUUAGCUCCUUACGUAAGCAAGAUCAUCUUGCGUGAUACAUUCGCCACUGUACGUCUAGUAGCAAAAUCUAGUAUUCUCUUCCUCUCUGUCUCCAUUCACCUUAUAAAUAUAUUCAAAGAGUCAUCAUUAUUACACGAACUGAUCAUCGAAUCCGGCCUUCAUGAAAGUAAUUACUAUUCGAAUACACUUGAAAAAAUACUCAAAAACAAUAUUUCAUUCCAUACUAUGCGAUUCAAUGUUAUUAACAAUGCUUCUCCCUAUUUUGGCAGAAAGUUGAGCAUUUUACAUUUCCGUCUCGGAGAUGAUCAUGGAAUAUGUCUUGCUAAUACUGUAUGUUUGACAUUAUUAGUGCAACGAUGGUCAAAUUUAAUUACGCUUAUACAAGAUGGUUGUUUACCAUUACUUGAAGAACUCGAUGCUACAAUCGAGCAACGACAUCCACAUAAUAAACAAGAAAACGAUGAUGAUGAUCGACUUCAUUCAGUUAAUCUUUUCAAAUUACGAUCACUUCGUUUAUGUGAUGUUACAUUAAAUAAUGUACGUGAUCUUCUUCGUUAUGUACCGUCAUUAUCUUUCAAACUCGAUACACUUUCAUUGGUUCAUGUACGAGUAGAUGAUAAUGAUAACAUCACUAGUCUUCAUCAUCUUGUUGACUUUAAAAAUUUACUAAUCAAUCGUUUAUCUGCUCAAUUAUGUCGUUUGCAGCUUAUUCUCUACAUUGUAUCCGAUGAUACUUUUUGCAAACAUGCACUUGAUGUAUUUAACGUUGUUGAUGAUACUUGUCCAUGGCCAUGGCCUCGUAUGCAUCAUCAAACAGAAGAAUACAUUGAUAAUCAAAAUUCUAAACCAAUUGAUGUCUUGUACAUGACUUAUCCCAUCUCCUGUGGUACUCUUCUUAUUCUCUACAUUGUAUCCGAUGAUACUUUUUGCAAACAUGCACUUGAUGUAUUUAACGUUGUUGAUGACAUUUGGCCAUGGCCAUGGCCUCUUAUGCAUCAUCAAACAGAAGAGUACAUUGAUAACCGAAAUUCUAAACCAAUUGACGUCUUGUACAUGAGUUAUCCCAUCUCAUGGUACUCUUGUCAACGACGACGACUUAACGACCAAACGAGUGUACGUCAUCUUCGUUGGCCUUUUCAAGGUGUACCACCAAGACGUAUCUAUUGGACUUUAGAAAAUGAAGAUGAAAUGAGCAGUACCAAAGCUACUACAAAUGAUAUAUAUACAUGUUUGAAUACUCUCGUUAAUGUCAAUUCACUUAGAUGGUCCAUUAGUUUAAAUCCUGGUUCAAUCUUGGCUCAUCUUCAACAAAAGCCAAGCAUCUUUCCUCGAUGGCAUAAAAUGCAUGAUGUCACUCUCCAAUUCACCAAUCAAUAUCUAUUGCCUUCUCAUCGUGUUGGAAUUCUUGAUAAUAUCUUGCAAAGUGCUUGUUAUCUCACAAGUUUGACUGCUCAUUGGUCGGAUGUGCUCAAUGUAGCCAAAAAUAAUAUUAGAAAAUAUCCUACUGUCAAACGUCUUCACUUAUUGUUAUCAUUCGGACGAGAUUGGCAUGAUGAUGUUGAUGUCGAUGUAAUGGUGCUACUAGAUCCUUCGGUGAUUGCUCAUCUAUUUCCUUGUCUACGUCAGCUAAGCACAUCUGGUAGUUUACCUCGUGGUCGUAUUCGUUUGACAUCAUUGGAUCCUCUUGUUUCACUUGUACUUUCUUUUGUUGCACAUCUUUCACCUCAUUUAACAUUUCUGUAUCUUAACAAAUGUGAAACAUCAUUGUCAAGACUUGUUGCUUUGUCUAAAGAUAAGCAGAAAUAUGUUUGUGAUGUUUUAAAAAUGAAAAUAUCAUCUGCUGCUCGCAUUACAAUCACUGAUGGUGAUAGAUUGAAAAUUUGGUUGUAA